AUGACUCUUCCAACAUCACUGUGCUAUUUAAAAAUUGAUGAUGAAGUUAUUGCUUGGAUAGCGUGGUGUCCAAUAUGCACCGAUUUAGAACAAAGAACUGCUGUACCACUCCCCCGCUGCCUCACCCCGCUGAAUGUUUUGUCGUCACCCAUCCUACCCUACUGCCGGCGAAUACAUUUUGUAAUGAGCAGAAUUCAAUUUGUUCACUUCCAGAAAAGCCGUGUUAUUGCAAUCGCAAAUCCCUCAAAUUACUCUGUACCUGCUACCAAUGCUGCCAAUGACACCCCAGAAACACAACGGUCGGAGCCACCGGCCACCCAACCAUACACAUUAUUCACUUCCAAAACAAGAAUGUUCAUUGUUAUAAUUGUGGGAUUUGCAACUAUAACAUCACCUCUCACCGCGACCGUAUACUUUCCACUUCUACCAAUGCUUGAGACCCAAUUCGAAACAUCGCGGCAAGCAAUAGAUAUUACAUUGACCAUCUAUAUAAGCUUCCAAGCUGUAUCACCAGCAAUAUUCGGACCGCUUUCUGAUUCCGUUGGUCGAAGACCAACAUACCUUCUUACCCUCGCCAUCUAUGCUUUAGCUAAUUUAGGCAUGGCACUCAAAUCCAACUAUGGUGUCCUCUUACUAUUACGGGCUCUUCAGAGCCUUGGCGCCAGUGCCUCAUUUGCUAUAAGCUAUGGCAUUGUCGCUGAUGUCUGCGUUCCCAGUGAACGGGGUAGGAUGAUGGGUUGGGUCAGUAUGGCCUUGAAUCUAGGGACCUGUGUGGGCCCGAUCAUGGGUGGGCUGGUUGUAUAUCUGAGUGGAGAUAUUGGGUGGGUCUUCUGGGCCUUAUUUAUUGUCGGGAUUCUUCUAUUCUUCGUUGUUGGUAUACUGCUUCCUGAGACUGGGCGCAACAUUGUUGGGAAUGGAAGUGAUAGGACGAAGGUUAAAGCAUGGNACCGGUGCUGGUGGAGUUAUAUCACAGCCGNGGGAUUUUUACUGAAUAAAAAGAACGACACCCGANAAGAGAAACCUGCAGGUAAUACCGAGCAAAGUCCUUCUGGCCAGGCGAGAAAGAGCAUCUUCACUCAGCUUAAUAUCCGAAUGUUUCUAGUCCCCUUACGGAUCAUCUUCUUUCCAGACGCCUUUUGCUGCCUGUGGAUGCACGGAUCUUUCUACGCGGUUGAAUAUAUCCUCGCCGCUACGGUUUCCGAUAUUUUCAUGCACACAUAUCAGUUCAACACGUUAUUAACCGGCCUGGCUUACUUUCCACAAGGCAUUGGUAUCAUCGGAGGCGGCUAUUGCAAUGGCCGAAUAAUGGAUUACAACUAUGAAGCGAUGCCCGCAAACAUAAUCAUCCAAUUGAUCGAGUCCAUGGCGAUGAUCUGCGUGAGUUCCCAAUCGAACUAG